AUGGCGGAGGUGCUGACAGUGGUGGCCGAGGAGAUGGGGCGUGUGUUUGGCCUAGUGUGGAGUGGUGUUGGAGUGGCAAUGCGCCUCAACAACCAGGUCAUGAACACUUUCUUCAAGGUCACCACACGCAUUGUUCAGCUUCUCCUGCUUCUCACACACAAGGCAGCUGAUUUGCUUUCCUUGUUGCUGACUGACCUGCUGCUCUUCCUUGGGGAUAUUGGCAAUGCUGUGAUGACCGUGGCUGGAGCACUAAGGACAGCUGUCAUCCUUAUAUUUACCUUUAUCAAUGGGGUUGCCAUCAGUGUGAUGUCAGCUGCUGUGUACUCCUGCCAGCUGGUCCAUGCCUCUUACAUGGCCCUCCUCUCAGGCACUAUGACAGCCAUUGCUCAGAUGGGCAAUCUUGUCACAGCCCUCAAACAUGCUUUUAUUAUGUUUGGUUCAUCAGUCAUCUUUGUCAUCAGCUUUGUGCCUAAUGUGGUGUACCUUGUGUUCUCAGGGUUGGUUCACUUGUGUUCCUAUGUUCUCAGUUGUUGUCAAGCUGUGACUGACACCUGCCAAUUUGUGUCCUCCAUGAGCAGACUCUGCUUCAACAAUACUAUGGACUUCUUCUCUGAUAUCCCAAUAGAAGCUUUCUUUGGCGUGGCUGCAGGAGUGGGCUUCAUAGUGGGCCUUAAGUACAUUUUGUUCUAUAUGAUGGAUAACAUGAUUGUCAUCCCAGACCUGCCCUCCCCCAUGGCCCUGGUGAGGCGGCGUCUGGUCCGCUGGUACAUGAGGUUGGUCCACCCUCCUCAGCAGCGGCCACCACCUGAGCCAGACACAGAGGAAGAGGAGCUCGAUGAUGCCAAUGAUGAAAAUGGGAAUGAUAAUAAUGACAAUGUGCCUGACCUGAACCUACCCCAGAAUCAGCAGUUUGAGCCACUGGCAAAUCCUCUUCUAGUGGCUCAGCCCCUGGCCCGGCGGCCCCUCACACGCUUCCAAGCAAGGGAACAAGAAGACAUUGACCCCCCUGAGGAAGUCAACACAACCACCAAUGCCACACCCUCAUAUGUGAACAAGCUGCUCUACCAGGAGCUGGAGGAGGAGCGUGAGAAUCGCCUGUGUGUGGUGUGCCAGGAUGAGGUGAAGUGUGUCAUCUUGUUACCGUGCCGCCAUCUUUGUCUGUGUGAUAUGUGCACCCUUGCCAUCACCCGCAGAAGGGAAGGCUGCCCAGUGUGCCGUCAACGCAUCAGAGAAACCAUGAAAGUGUUUCUCUGAUUAAUUGAAUGUCUAGCUUGUAUCAUGUGUGGGCAUUUUUUUUUUUUUUUUUUGUAUUGAAUUAACUGAACAACUCAAGGUGUGUACAAAACAGAACAGUUUUUACCUAUGAGUGAGAUGUGCAUAGUUUUUUACAUGGUACAUAAUGGGUAUUUGUAAAAAAUUUUUCAUAUGUUUAUGAACUGUACUCAAUCAUAAAAGUUUACUGUACCAAUUUUGUGAGUCUGUGAGCCACAACAUUAGUGAUAUAAACAUUGGUUGCUCAGUGGUAUGUGAUACCCUUUAUUACUACAGUUUGGUGGAAUAUUUCCUUGUACCUGAUUUCUUCAGAGUUCUGUGUUGGAAUAAGUGUAAGGACAUAGACUCUGCACUUGUAUCCCUCCUGCCUGUCUUUAUCUGAACAUUUUAAGUCAUGCAAUAUGUUAAUUUUCUGUUAAUCUUUGGCCAAUAAGUGGACAUAUAGGUAGACACAUUCCCCUUUAUCUCAGAAGCCUCUCAGAUAGCAGAGGAAAAUGAUAGAAAAAUUCUUUUCCAAGACAGUAUUAUUUACCCUUACAUAUCAGUUGUCUCUGACCACAUCAAGUUACUUAGUACUGCCAACAUGCUAUUUGCUGCUAGUUUUUUUUAUUUAUGAGACCAGUUGUUCAUUAUUGAAAAUUGUCAUUUUAUUAUUCAGUAUGUUAAAGCAGUUGUUUUGAGAGAUGGAUGCAUCUUCUUUAUUAUAUGUGAUUGGUUCAAGUUCAUGAUGCUGCUGUGUGUACAUUGUUAUUCAGACUAAUGGCAGGAAAGCCUGCUGAUAUGGCCAUUUCUAGAGGUGUGUAUGUACUUCUCAACCAACUGGCAUUCAUUAUUACUCCUCACUGAACUUUUUCACUUGACGCCAUAUUAUGGAUGUGUUUGUAAUAUACAGGCAAUAUACAAAUCUGUAGUCA